AGGCCCCCUCCCGGAGGGUGCCAAGCGACCCGCCGUAGGACACAGCGGAGACGCCGCUAUCCCUACACAGUCCUACACGGCAGCCCCGAUUGCAUCCGGGGUCACCCGGGAGCUCCGGCGCGAGGCUCAGCUCGCCUGAGAGCCCCCUCCACAGGAGCGUAGGGAGGGACGGGGAAAGAAGGCGUCUCCAGCCCCACUCCAGAAGGAAAACCAGGGAGAAAGGGGGCGGCUGCGAAACCUGAGCCUAGGGUGCGGCUCGGAAAACAAAGAGGUCGUGAAAGCAGCCGCAGUCGCGGUUCCGCGCGCUCCUAGGGGUAACUGCGAAUCACACAAAUCGCCGCCGCUCGGGCAGAACGCCAGUGCUACAAGCAUGCAGAUUCCUGGAGGCCAGUCCAGCCUCAUGGGACAACUAACUCUGUCUGGCAGUACCCGGGAACCUGCAUUCUAAACAAGCAACCGGGCUACAAGGAACCCAGGGAAGUUUGAAAACAAUCGCUUCACGUCCUGCACCAGCGGAGACACCCGGCUCGCCCGAACCCAGCACCACCGCGGCCGCCGGGGCGCGCAUCAACCGAGCUUGGUCCUUUCCUUUGGUCCCGCCCCACUGCUCCGCGUGGAUUGGUGGCGGAGAGCAGCUCUGGAGCUGAUUGGGCGGUAGAGGAGUCGCUCGUGGAGACCGCUUUUGGUUACUCCCUUUCCACCCCAUCCCUUAAUUUUAUUCUUUUGAAGAGUCUGCAUGUCAAGCUGCCAAGGUGGAGAGUGUGAUUGCAGAAGGGAGUACUUCUCAUUUCAGCUUUAUUUUUAUGUGAUAAUCUACGUUUAAGAAAAGGUGUGCCAUACCUGAGAGCACCAGGAAGUCGCAUGAGAAAUCACCUGAUACACGAACGUGUGAUGUUCCAUCUGCGCAUUGAUGCAUAGGCAGCAUUUACAAAUUAACUGAUGUGUUGCUCUGUAUCAUCUCUUUGAUGAUUGCUCAUCUUCUGUGUAUCCUGUUGUAUAAUUUCAACACAUUUGUGAUACUCAAUGUUUAUUCUAAAUUAACCAUGUUUUGUACCACAAACACAUUGCCUAUGGAUCUGUUGUUGAAACAAGGAAGUCUUAAACAAGAAGUAGAAUCUUUUUGUUACCAAAUUGUGUCUGAAUCAAAUGAUCAAAAGGUUGGAAUAUUACAAAGCGAGGAUGAACAGUUGCAGCCUUCAGUUUCUAAAAAAUCAGAAGGUGAGCUUUCCAGGGUCAAAUUUAUGUCCAAUUCCAACAAAAUAACAACAUUUAGUAAGAAACCAAAAAGAAGAAAAUAUGAUGAAAGUUACUUGUCUUUUGGAUUUACUUACUUUGGAAAUAGAGAUGCACCUCAUGCUCAGUGUGUGUUAUGUAAGAAAAUUUUAUCAAAUAGUUCUUUGGCCCCUAGUAAACUUCGAAGACAUUUGGAAACUAAACAUGCUGCCUACAAAGACAAAGACAUAAGCUUUUUCAAGCAACAUCUUGAUUCACCUGAAAAUAACAAACCUCCAACACCUAAAAUUGUCAAUACAGAUAAUGAAAGUGCUACAGAGGCAUCAUACAAUGUAAGUUACCAUAUAGCCCUGAGUGGAGAGGCUCAUACUAUUGGAGAAUUGCUUAUCAAGCCUUGUGCAAAAGAUGUUGUGAUGCGAAUGUUUGAUGAACAAUACAGUAAAAAAAUAGAUGCAGUACAACUAUCAAAUAGUACUGUUGCACGUCGAAUUAAGGAUCUUGCUGCUGACAUUGAAGAAGAGCUUGUUUGUAGACUGAAAAUUUGUGAUGGGUUUUCACUGCAGCUAGAUGAAUCAGCUGAUGUGUCAGGACUGGCUGUGCUGCUUGUGUUUGUUCGUUACAGGUUUAAUAAAUCUAUUGAGGAAGACCUACUCUUAUGUGAAUCUUUGCAAAGUAAUGCUACUGGUGAAGAAAUUUUCAACUGCAUCAACAGUUUUAUGCAGAAACAUGAAAUUGAAUGGGAAAAAUGUGUUGAUGUUUGUAGCGAUGCUUCUAGGGCAAUGGACGGGAAAAUUGCUGAGGCUGUCACCUUGAUAAAAUAUGUGGCUCCCGAAAGCACCAGUAGUCACUGCCUAUUAUAUAGACAUGCACUAGCGGUUAAAAUAAUGCCUGCAUCUCUGAAAAAUGUGCUAGAUCAGGCAGUACAAAUCAUCAAUUACAUUAAAGCUCGACCACAUCAAUCCAGGCUACUAAAAAUUUUAUGUGAGGAAAUGGGUGCCCAGCACACAGCACUUCUUCUGAAUACAGAGGUGAGGUGGCUUUCCCGAGGUAAAGUUCUCGUAAGACUUUUUGAGCUUCGUCGUGAAUUGUUGGUUUUCAUGGAUUCUGCUUUUCGACUAUCUGAUUGUUUAACAAAUUCAUCUUGGCUGCUAAGACUUGCAUAUCUUGCAGAUAUUUUUACUAAAUUAAAUGAGGUUAAUCUAUCAAUGCAAGGAAAAAAUGUAACAGUUUUUACAGUUUUUGAUAAAAUGUCAUCAUUGUUAAGAAAAUUAGAGUUUUGGGCUUCAUCUGUAGAAGAAGAAAAUUUUGAUUGUUUUCCUACACUCAGUGACUUUUUGACUGAAAUUAAUUCUACAGUCGAUAAAGAUAUUUGUAGUGCCAUUGUGCAGCACCUAAGGGGUUUGCGCUCUACUCUGUUAAAAUAUUUUCCUGUAACAAAUGACAAUAACACUUGGGUUAGAAAUCCAUUUACAGUAACUGUUAAGCCAGUCUCAUUAGUAGCACGGGACUAUGAGAGCCUGAUUGAUUUAACAUCUGAUUCUCAAGUGAAACAAAAUUUCAGUGAACUUUCACUAAAUGAUUUUUGGAGUAGCCUAAUUCAAGAGUACCCAAGCAUUGCGAGGCGUGCAGUUCGUGUACUUCUUCCUUUUGCUACAAUGCACCUGUGUGAAACGGGAUUUUCAUAUUAUGCCGCAACAAAAACGAAAUACAGGAAAAGACUUGAUGCUGCACCUCAUAUGCGGAUUCGACUUAGCAACAUUACACCUAAUAUUAAGCGGAUAUGUGAUAAAAAGACACAAAAACACUGUUCUCAUUAAAAUUAAGAGGGUUUUGCAUGUCUCUUGAUAACCAAAUAUAAGAUGAAAAUAAAAGAUGAUUUCAUCUCUGCUA